AAUAAUAAUGAAAUAAAGGGUUUAAGAAGAGUAUCCCCCAGCUCUGCUCCGUUCCUCUAACUUGUUCCCACGACGCUACGUGGGAACUUGUAGCAAACCAUCUCCGCGUCCCAAAUAUUGAUUUUUUAAGAAUAUCGAUCCAACCCGACUCCUGGCCCAAAGGAGGGCUGUGUGCCAAACGCCAACUUUAACAAAGCAAUCCUAAUUGAAUAGAAUUUAACAUUUUCUGUAUUAUAUAUUUGAAUGCAAUUAAACAAACUUUUUAUUGCAUUUUUGCAGAAAAUGUGAGCAAUUUGAUUUUUGAGCAGUAGGGUAUUAUGAAUAGCUUUCUAAUUGGGAUAAUGCUGGUUUGGGGGAAUUUCCCACGGUUUUGAAGAAAUCCCCCCCGGGGAAUCAACGACGGACGGCGAGAAGCGUGCCACAAAUAGCAGUCUUGUGUCAGACAUACACCAGGAAGCAACCUUAACCUUUCCUCAGAACCAUCUUCACCAGACCUGAUACACGUGUUUCGGCCUUCACGGACACACUUCAGGUUACUUUACACGUGCUCCUCAACAGUUGAUCCUUCACCUUGACAUAACACCAGGAUACGUACAAUGGCUUUGAAAAGGAAACUCUCCGAGGUUGAAGAGGAUUACUCCGACUAUGACGAUUCUUGCUCCGUAUCCAGGAGCGAGGAUGCAGGGGAGGGAGGAGAAGGAGGAGUUACUAGAAAGAGAAGGAGAGGAUUGAUUGAGAAGAGAAGGAGAGAUAGGAUCAACGACAGUCUUCUAGAACUGAAGAGAUUAGUUCCCAGCGCUGUUGAGAAAUCUUCCUCCACAAAGCUUGAAAAAGCUGAGAUUCUGCAGAUGACUGUUGAUUACUUGAAGAAUGUCCAAGGACGGAACGAGUAUCCGGAUCAAAGAAUGGCGAUGGAUUACCAGAAUGUUGGGUUUAGGGAUUGUGUAGCGGAAGUAUCCAGGUACCUGGUUGCAGUGGAGGGAAUGGAUCUGCAGGAUCCUCUCCGUCUCCGUCUCAUGGCCCAUCUCCACAACUAUGGAUCUCGAGGAGGAGCUGGAGCUACUGUACCCUGGCAUAAUGGAUAUCCGUCACACCAUUAUCAAAUUCCUGCGCAUAUCCAGGAUAAAUCAAUUGAAUCCCAAACCUUUAUAAACUCCGAGGUUUCCACCUACUCAAGAGCUGGAGUUACACACUCCUCUCCGACCUACGCAAAUAGUGGAUACACAAACUACUCUGGGUUCUCCUCUUUACCUAUUCCUCCACCCGGAGGACCGUAUCUUCAUCCUCCUCCUCACGGUAAACCCUACCGACCCUGGGGAGCUGAGAUGGCUUACUGAAACUCAGAACAAGAUCUUCUUGAAACCUUUCUAGUCUGAAUAUGCAAUUAUUUGUAAACAAUGUAGAUAUAU